AUGUGUGGGGUUGGAUUGGAGCCGGAGAUGGAUUCCGAGCACGAGGAGGCGCCUUUACUUGCCCGCCGUGACGGGGGCCGAGCAGGCCGGCCACAGUCAGCAGACACAGGUUUCAGCGCAGGAGCCCUUGCUAACGAGCAACCAGAUCAAUCCUUGCCUAGGCGCCCGGUAAUCCAGGCGGCCCCGUGGCAGGCGAAAACUCCCGCCAUGAUUGUCUUUCUGGCGGCCGUCAUGAUGUUUGGCAUCACAUCCAGCGGCAUGAUGCUGCUCGUGCCCAUUUACCGCCUUAUCGAAGACGCUCUCUGUCAUGUGCAUUACAAAGACGACAGCCCAGGUCUGAUGGACGAGAUGAAGUGCAAGGUGGAUAGUGUGCAGUCACAGCUGGCCUCGUUGCUCGGCUGGUGUGGCCUGGUGAAUUCCGUCAUGACAUUGAUUGUCGCUUUCCCACAUGGCAUGCUUGCUGACCGCAUCGGACGAAAGCCCACGGCCGUCCUCGCGUACGGCGGCUUUGCUGUCUCAAGCUGCUUCGCGCCCCUUAUGCUUGCCGGGUUUCAGCACCAUGUUAGGAGAAACCCGUACGUCCUCAUGAUUGGCUCACUCUGGGUGCUGGUAGGCGGCGGCGUGCCAGUCUUGCUCAACACCCUCUACGCAAUGGCGGCCGAUGUGAGCACGGAGCAAGAAAAAGCUGCGAGCUUUCUGUACCUGACCUUUGGUGCUACACUCGGCGGUUUAAUCGGGCCUCUCCUCGCGGGCUUACUAAUGACCACGUAUGGCCCGUGGAUACCUAUACAUGUCGCCCUCCUCGCCACCCCCUUCAUGCUGGCCCUUUUUUUUCUGAUUCCAGAAACGCUCAGCUUGGAGACCAAGGCGCAGGAGAACCCCGACCAAACCAUGUUGCAAGCCUUCAGGGGACACUUGGGGAAAGGACUGGAGGACUUGUCGCAUUCGCUGGACAUGGUCAAGAACCACAACAUCCCCCUCGUGCUCUUGACCUUUUUUUUCCAGUCGGCCAGGUUCUACGCCUAUACUUCGCUGCUGGCGCAGUACAUCAGCAAGCACUUUGGAUGGAAGCUCGCCCAGACGAGCCUGCUGCUGUCCCCGCUGGGGGUCCUCAAUCUCGUCGUCCUCGUGGCACUGCCCAAGGUUUCCGACAUGUUGGUGUCCCGGCGCUGCAGAUUCACGGUUUUCGCAAAGGACCUGUUUCUGACCCAAGCGUCGACGCUUCUCAUCGCGGCGGGUGCUCUGGUCGAAGCCCUGAGCCACAAUGUCGCGCUCUUCCUGUGCGGCCUGUUGAUCGGGACGCUUGGCGCUGCAGACAGCCCGCUCGCCAGAGCCACGGUAUCGCACCACGUCGACGCCAAGUCCACCUCGAAGCUAUACGCUCUCGUCGGCAUCGCGGAGGUCGCUGGAUCUUUUAUUGCCGGCCCGGUAUUGGCCAGGCUGUUCAACAUUGGCUUGGAGCGCAAGGGUAUCUUUGUAGGUCUUCCGUGGUUUUACGUGGCUUUCUUGUCGGUCGUCGCCCUGCUUGCACUGCUGUUCGUCAGCCCGCCAAAGAAGGCUGCGCUCGCCGAGGAGGCAUGUCAGUGA